CCUAUAUAUAUUUGUAUGUAAAACUUUGAUCCCCUAUUGUGGCCCCAUCCAACCCCCGGGGCCCAUGAUUUGAACAAACUUGAAUCUGCAUUAUGUCAGGAAGCUUUCAUAUAAGUCUCAGCUUUUCUGGCUUAGUGGUUCUUGAGGAGAAGAUUUUUAAAGUUUUCCCCUAUAUAUUUGUAUGUAAAACUUUGAUUCUCCCCUUGUGGCCCCAUCCUACCCCCAGGGGCCAUGAUUUGAACAAACUUGAAUCUGCACUAUGUCAGAAAGUUUUCCGGUAAAAAAUCAGCUUUUCUGGCUUAGUGGUUCUUGAGAAGAUUUUUCCUAUAUAUGUAUUUGUAUGUAAAACUUUGAUCCCCUAUUGUGGCCCCAUCCAACCCCCGGGGCCCAUGAAUUGAGCAGGUUCUUGAGAAGAUUUUUCCUAUAUAUGUAUUUGUAUGUAAAACUUUGAUCCCCUAUUGUGGCCCCAUCCAACCCCCGGGGCCCAUGAAUUGAGCAUACUUGAAUCUGCAUUAUGUCAGGAAGCUUUCAUGUAAAUAUCAACUUCUUUGGCCCAAUGGUUCUUGAGAAGAAGAUUUUCCCUAUAUUUGUAUGCAAAACUUUGACCCUUCCCCCCACUUGUGGCCUCAUCCUUCCCCCCGGGGGCCAUGAUUUUAACAAACUUGUCUCUGCACUAUGUCAGAAAGUUUUCUUGUAAAUAUCAGCUUUUCUGACUCAGUGGUUAUUGAGAAGAUUUUUCCUAUAUAUAUUUGUAUGUAAAACUUUGAUCCCCUAUUGUGGCCCCAUCCAACCCCCGGGGCCCAUGAUUUGAACAAACUUGAAUCUGCACUAUGUCAGAAAGUUUUCAGGUAAAAAAUCAGCUUUUCUGGCUUAAUGGUUCUUGAGAAGAUUUUCACAGAUUUUUCCUAUAUAUUUGUAUGUAAAACUUUGAUCCCCUAUUGUGGCCCCCAUCCAACCCCCCCGGGGACCAUGAUUUGAACAAACUUGAAUCUGCACUAUGUCAGGAAGCUUUCUUGUAAGUCUCAGCUUUUCUGGCUUAGUGGUUCUUGAAAAGAUUUUCCCUAUAUAUUUGUAUGUAAAACUUUGAUUCUCCCCUUGUGGCCCCAUCCUACCCCCAGGGGCCAUGAUUUGAACAAACUUGAAUCUGCACUAUGUCAGAAAGUUUUCAGGUAAAAAUCAGCUUUUCUGGCUUAGUGGUUCUUGAGAAGAAGAUUUUCACAGAUUUUUCCUAUAUAUUUGUAUGUAAAACUUUGAUCCCUAUUGUGGCCCCAUCCAACCCCCGGGGGCCAUGAUUUGAACAAACUUGAAUCUGCACUAUGUCAGAAAGUUUUCAUGUAAAAAUCAGCUUUUCUGGCUAAGUGGUUCUUGAAAAGAUUUUUAAAGAUGUUUCCUAUAUAUUUGUAUGUAGAACUUUGAUCCCCUAUUGUGGCCCCAUUCAACCCCCCGGGCCCAUGAUUUGAACAAACUUGAAUCUGCAUUAUGUCAGGAAGCUUUCAUGUAAAUUUCAGCUUUUCUGGCUUAGUGGUUAGAAGAUUUUUAAAGUUUUCCCCUAUAUAUUUGUACGUGAAACUUUCAUCCCCCCUUGUGGACCCAUCCUAUCCCCGGGGGCCAUGAUUUGAACUUAAAUCUGCAAUAUGUCAUGAAGCUUUCAGGUAAAUUUCAGCUCUUCUGGCCCAGUGGUUCUUGAGAAGAAAUUUUUUAAAUGACCCCACCCUAUUUUUGCAAUUAUCUCCCCUUUGAAAGGGACAUGGCCCUUCAUUUGAACUUGAAAGCCCUUCACCCAAAGAUGCUUUUGGCCAAGUUUGGUUGAAAUUGGCCCAGUAGUUCUGGAGAAGACGUCGAAAAUGUAAAAAGUUUACGGACGGACAGACAAAAAGUGAUCAGAAAAGCUCACUUGAGCCUUCGGUUCAGGUGAGCUAAAAAGUGUGAAAACCGAUUUGUCAGACUGACAGUGCAAAUCUAAGGUCCCCUUCAGCUCCACUGGAUGGGGAAAAAUCAACCAAGAUAUUCUGGAUAAGAGUUUUAAAACACGUAACGUGAUUCCCACCCUUUGAAGGGGCCCCUUCAUUUUAGCAUAUUUGAACCCUUUACACCCAGUGAUGCUCUAACCUUUGCCCAUAUUUAAAAAAUUUCCCUACACAUUCACAUGUAAACUUUGAUCCAUAUUGUGACACCAGCCUACCGGUGGAGGAGGAGUGGAAUGAUUGGACUUGAAUCUGUACUGUCAGACAGCUUUCAUGUAAAGGUAAACUGUCUGACUCAGUGGUUCUCGAGAUUUUCACUACAUAUUUGCAUGUAAAACUUUGAUCCCCCCGGCCCCACCCUACCCUGGGGAGGGGCUUGAUGUUAAUAAACUUGAAUCUGCACCAAGACAGGAAAGCUUUUAUGUAAAUUUCUCUCACAAUGGUUCUCGAAAUUUUCCCAUAUAUAUAUAUAUAUAUAUAUGCAUGUAAAUUGUGGCCCCAUCCUACCAACAGGGACCAUGAUUUUACCAAUUUGAAAUCUCUACAAAGUCAGGAAGCUUUCAUGUAAAUAUAAACUUUUCUGGUCCAGUGCUUCUUAAAAAAGAUUUUCCCUAUAAAUUUGUAAAACUUUGAUCCCCUAUUGUGGCCCCAUCCUAACCCCGGGGGACCAUGAUUUCAACAAAUUUGAAUCUGCACUAUGUCAGGAGGCUUUCAUGUAAAUUUCAGUUCUUCUGGCACAGUGGUUCUCUCGAACAAAAAGGAAAAAUUUUAUGAUCCCACCCUAUUUUUGUGAUUAUCUCCCCUUUAAAGGGGGCAUGACCCUUCAUUUGAGCCUGAAUCCCCUUUACCAAGGAUGCUUUGUGCCAAGUUUGGUUGAAAUUGGCCCAAUGGUUCUGGAGAAGAUGAAAAUGUGAAAAGUUUACGACGCCAAUGACGACAGACAACUUUCGAUCAGAAAAGCUCCGACACUUUCAAGAGCCUUCAGCUCUGCCAUUCAGAGAUUCUCAUUUGAUAUUGUUAGCUCUAUGGCUAAGGUAAUCUAUGAUUGGUUGUAAUGAGAACAUUGCACCAAUUUGAUGAAAUAUCAAUAUUGCUUUAAAUCAAAUGACACAAUUUCUUUUAUUACAACCAAUGAUGUUUCUUAACAACAGACAGGAAAACCUGUCAGUGAAAGAAGAAACUAGUUACCCCUAUCAACUCGCAAGUUUUGAGGUGUAACAAGUCGACCCUCUUUCAGGUACUCUGUUAUGUUUCUUGUUUAGUUGUAAUAUAAGCGUCCUUUCGAACGAUUUGGCGGGUCCUGAAGAGGACCCUAAAGAGAGGAAGGAAGAGUUUUUUAUUAGUCAAAUUCAGGAUUGCUGGUUCAUCGAGACAUUUCCAUGUAGGACGAAUGAAGGACAAGGUUUUGCAGACUGCCAUGAUAUGGGAAUUCUCCGGCAUUAAGCCUUCGUUACAUCAGGCUAUCACUUCAGCCAUACUUGGGCAAUCCUCCAUCGUUGUAGAUGACGAUGGCGGAUAUCCUCCAUGAGUGAUGAUGAUGAUAAUGAAGAUGAUGAGAUUUGCUGCUGAUGAGAUGACAGGUGAACUGAUCCAUUCAACUGAUCUGAAUCGUCUAUGUAAACUUUGAUGUUCACUGCUGCGUAGGUUUCACUUUUAGUCUUUACCGUUGGAUUAAAAGUUCUUUUCCAGAAAUAUUGUCCGUUUCAAAAAUUGCACGAACAUCCUACAACUUAAUUCUUGUAGGAAGAGGCUAAAAUCUUUAAAUAUGCAAUUGAUUUUCAACACAAGAAAAAAAUAUCACAAACUUAAUCCCUCUUUUUCAAACAAUUAAACAAAAAUGACAUGUUUAAAUUUUACACAAUGCAUGUCUUGAAGGAAAAAUUACCUGUGUACCAGAAAUCAAACAAAAAUAAUUUAAUUAAAAUAUAAAAUAUGCUAUCAUUACUAAUGUGCCGAACAGAAUGAAAAAAAAAAUCUUCAUUAAAAUUAAAAUCAACCUCACUGCGAAACAUUAGUACAUCAAUUCUUGUUUACAUUCACUUUAUAAUCUCUUUCAAGCAUACAUGCUGUGUGAGGAUUUCAAUGGCUUCGUUAUCUGAUGCAACAUGAGAAAAAUUAAAAUAUACAAAAUGUAACUAGACAUUUGGCAAACAUUUCACAAUUAUUGCACUAUCAUGGGUCAUUGGCAAUCUGCAGUCCUUGUCUAAAUAUACAUAUAUAUAUACAGAAAAAUUAUAUACAUAAAAUGAUGGAAUUGUCUGGAUGUACCAACAAAUAGCAUAUCAAAUUACUUUCAAGGUUUGCAGCACCAAGCCUAUAGAUUUUUAUUUCAGAUUUUCUUUUUAAUACUGAAACAGUUAAAAAAAAUGUUCUUUUUUUCCAUCUUUUUUACUUAAAUAUAAAAAUAAAUCUCUACUAAAACGCAUAUAUACUAAUAUAUACUGCUGCAUUAAAAAAUAACCUUGAAAAUAAUUGAUUCUGGUUUGAUGUGAAAACAACAGUGACAGAUCAAGUUGAAAUUCUUAAAAACUUUUGUUCCUGUUAAUAUUAUAAAGUUUCUACAUUUACAUAUAUAUACCACUUACAUGUUUUGUUUCAUGUUUCCUUCUUUUUUUUGAAAUUCUUUUAAACUUUAGAUAAAAUACAAAAUGUCAACUAAAAUUAUAUUUUUAAAGUGUAUACAUAAAAUCUCUUUUUUCUUCUAUCAGCUUACAUCUGUCAUUGUGGCAUUCAGAAAGUUAAGAAAAAAUAGACCAGCUAAAAAUUCGGUUGUAAAAGAAUGGUGGGUUUUAAACCCUGUAACAAAAAAAUAAUGAGAUUAACAUUCACAAAAUACACAUAUCACAAGACAUAAUUAACAAAACUCAUGAACCCAUUCAGAUGAUGAUUCAUAAUACUGAUUUCAUGAGAGUUGCUCAUCAUAAAAAUAUAUAAGCAUCUUUGGAAUGUUUAGCAUUGUUUAUGCACGAACUUGCACUUUCAAAAGCAUUUUCAAAUGACUCGAGACAUUUUCAUGCUGACUUGUUUCCAUGAAGUCUGUGUUGAUCAUCCAGUGGGACGGGGGUUUAGGGAGCACCGUUGGGGCGGGAGGGUCGCUGAAUCGGGCACCUGCAUAGGCAAUGCUUCCUGCGUCGAGUUUGGGACUCGGGCUUCCCCUGCUGUUCUCGUCAGCCGACGAAAACUGACCGUCGUGAUGAGAGAAUCCGAGUUUAGGAGAUCCUCUUAGUGAGUUGUCAAAGUGUUCAGGCGAGCUCGAGGGCGAAUGAUUUUUAGACUGCCUCCUUUGAGGUCGCCUUCCCUGUCUCUGGUUUGGAUGUUUCAUGUUGUCUGCCCAAGUCAUCGGGGAAAAUCGAUGGAUUUCCGAAGUAUAGCACUCUUCUCAACAAAUACGUUCAAAAAUAGAGCACUUCUGUCAGAUAUAUUUGUAAACAAAGGUUUCAAUAUGGCGGACCAAAAACAACAACGAAUAUUUCGAUCGAAAACUUCACUUUUCCAGAGCGAAAUUCAAUCCUUCUUCCUCUUCCUUUAGAAUCAAAACACUUAAUAUGAAACAGUUUGUCAAUUACUAACGAGCAAUUCGAUCAAAAUAUGAUAGACAUUUGCCUGCCUUCCAGCCAGGAACUUCCUUCCUUCUUCUUCGACACCAACAAAGUCGUGACCAAGGUCACCUAUAUUUUACUAUCCAAUAAAAAUGAAGGAAAGUCUCAUAUGAUGUCGAACAGCCAAUCAUGUAUCAUGUUUAUGAUUAUAUAUAUCCAACUAAUUUUUUGCAAAUUGUUCUUCUAAUUCAUAGACAUAUUUUACUGAGAAAUAUGUAUAUUUUUAUUUCUUAUUAAAUUUUGAAGGAGAAAAAUUAUCCGGCAUGUUCGGAAAGUUACGAAGAUUAAUAAGGUCUAGCGGAAAUGACGCAUGACAUGGUAGGCGGGGGAUCUAAGGCUUGACUAACAUUUACAGAUGAACGAUUUCAUACAGGAGAUAGCCGAUAUAUUUACGCACAUUUCCUUUGUUAAGUAACUGAAACUUACAGGAAUAUUUUAAUAUCGAGAAACAGUGGAUCGGUGCACAUCUUAUAAUGCCAGUGGCCUCAUCACAGAAGGAUGCACAAAAUCAGCUUCUACAGCACUAUCAACACCUCUUACCAAAGUCCCCCACCUAUCACUUAGGGGGACAACUCUCCCCCGGGGCCUUAGUCCCAAGUUCUGAACACUACAUAGGGAGAGAAGAGGGUGCAACCUAUGUGUCUGACCUUCGACCUCUGACUGCUCUGCAAGCAUCAACAUCGGCAGAUAGAAAUGGCAGCUUUUUCAGUACCCACAGUCCACCACUCAUCAACCUGAGUCCAAAUCUGAGCCCAACUGUCGAACCCCAGAGAGUCUCGCCGUUUUAUGACCUCCGAGAAACUACCCGCCGUAGGAGUUUUUAUGGUACGUCAUAAGUUUUUAAGAAUAUAAUUCUGUGCAUGUCAAUUGUUUUGAUGAUUUUACUUGGGUUUGGGUUUCCCUUAGGACAACUAUGAAACGUAUUGUCACUCUCCACUCGUCCACAGGAAAUUUUGGCAUACAAAGGUUAACAAUUUUAAGAACAUUUUAAAGAAAACAGGUCGGCAUUAUCUGACUCGGAUACUUCUGGAAUGAGUUCAGAGUUCCGAUGUUAUAAAUCAUUUGUGAUUUCCUUGGAGUUGAACUGGGCUUUGUUGAAAAGGACAUCCGAAAAAAGGAAAUUGUGCAGUAUAUUGGAAACAACAAUUUUUAAGUACUUUGAAGUAUGUCUGGGAAAAUGGACAAUUAAUAGGAAAAAUGUACAGAAAUGAAAAGUUGGUAACAUACAUAUGACUUGGCACAGACUAGUACAAUUUGUUAUCUGGAUGACAAAGAGUCAAACUCGAUUACAAAUCCUCAUACAUCCUGAAUGUUCAGGUCAUUCAAAAGUCCUCAGACAACAAUGAUGAUCAUUAGCUAUGUACUUGUACAUCAGAACAACACAGUAUGUAGGGCAUCAUGGGAUCCUGGGGGCUGAUCUUGUAGUUCCAGGGCUUAAAACAAACUGAUGUUAAAAAUUCAAGUAGCAUCUGUAGUGUUUUAUAUUGAUAUCAUUUGUUUAUUGGGGCUUCAAGCUCUUGUGAAUUUCAUCAGUCAUGCGUAUCCACACCUUAAUCUGUGGAGGUCGCAUUUACAUAUCUAUCUAUACACGCAUGGGUUCUCACAGCACAUAGAAAGCUUUUUUCAUUGACCUGUGACAAAUUGUAAAUAUAUCAUGCAAGAAAUAUAAAUCUAUAGAAUUAACUAGUUCAACACUGGUGUAGGGGUAAAAUAUAUGUCAACUAAGUGUGCACGUAUGUCUGUGUGUGUAUAGAGUGUGAAGACACACGCACAAACACACACGAAAACUCCAGCCUUAUCGAUAGUUUGCUCUGGGUUGUGUACAAAAAAAACUAACAGAGGGGAAAUCUGUGACCAAGAGAGCUUCAAGCUCACAUUCAAGGAAAACAUUGCUGGAACUCUCAGAGUAGGUACAUAUUAUAGAUUAUCAUUGUUAGACGGCUAAAAAUAAAUACAGCUGACCCAGUUUUGGCCUGCAUACCAAGUCAUUUAAGUUCUCCUGUCUUCAACAUACAGUGUAGGUUCGUCUUUAUUUUCUGCAUGAUUUCGUCUGUGACGAUUGUCAAAGUUAGAGACGGCGACAUUUGGUACCUUGAUUGGCUUUUAUAAUUUAUAAUAUUUUAUGUAUUUAUUUGCAUACAUUUUUUUUUUGCCUCCAACAUUGACAGUACAUUUCACCCUCCAGUGAAAAUCUGUCAUUAUACUCGGAAAACACCCAACACUUGACUAAAUCUGUCUGCUCCGCUGUUUAGUGUUUCUGGAUUAUUAUCAUUUAUAUUAAUUGUUUUAUUCUGUAAAUGAUAGGUUUUUGUGCAGGAGUUAGCUGUAAAAAUUUACAACAGGAUAACUAGCACUGAAUUUGAGAUGAAACAUGCCUGUAAAUUAUGUGUUUCCUUUCUCGUAUCAUUUUAGAUUUGUGUCUUGAAUAGAACUUUGGUUUGUUAUAUCUUUGUUGAUUGGAGGGGUGGGGGGUACCCUCAUAUUAGAUGAGAAAAUUGUAGUUUUAAAGUUUGAUGUUAAACCACUCUGUAAUUGAUGAAUUAUAGAAUUUUAUUUAAUAAAUAAGUUGGAGAAGAUUCUGAAAAUGAUGUUUUCGUGUCUUAUCCAUUAAUUUUUUUUUUUUUUCUGAUAUGUGUUUCAUGCAAUUAACAUGAUCAGCUCAACAUUUAAGGUAUUGUCAACAUAUUAAAGAUUCAGAUAUAUAUUCAAAUUUUAAAAUUGUUGAUCAUGAUAGACAGAGACCUAAAGAAAACUAAAAAAUAAAAAGUUAUGUUUAGAGAGAGAGCUGGGGUAGAGAGAGUUGAAUGUAGGAGUUCAGUUAGGAGUUUAGGAGUUAAAUUUUCUGUUCAGCCUCGUUGAGGGUUUAGUUUCACUGCUGAGUUUACUACAGACUACCAUACUCGUGAAACGUGACGUUUUUAUAAGUCACUGACCUCAUCUGACUAUGUAUCAUGUAGUUUACCCUUACAUAAAGUAUGUAUAUAUAAAAUAUUAUUUCAUAGUUUACCCUUACAUAAAGUAUGUAUAUAUAAAAUAUUAUUUCAUAGUUUACCCUUACAUAAAGUAUAUAUAUAUAUAAAAUAUUUCAUAGUUUACCCUUACAUAAAGUAUGUAUAUAUAAAAUAUUAUUUCAUAGUUUACCCUUACAUAAAGUAAAUAUAUAUAUAAAAUAUUUCAUAGUUUACCCUUACAUAAAGUAUGUAUAUAUAUAAAAUAUUUCAUAGUUUACCCUUCCAUAAAGUAUAUAUAUAUAAAAUAUUUCAUAGUUUACCCUUACAUAAAGUAUGUAUAUAUAAAAUAUUGUUUCAUACUGAUGCUCACGAUAGGUUAUAAUAAAUGAUCAAAGGUGAUCCUCAGGCGGACAAACAGAUUUCCUUCAGUGGAGGGCAUUUUGAUUUUUAUCAAAGAAUGCCCCGGGGCAAGUGAAUUUUUUUUUUUGUAUGCCUUACUUUUAGAUAUAGAUAUAGGCCUAUUUCUAAAAACUGGCAAAUACAACUCUUCACAAUGAAAUAACAAUAGGCUUUAUAUGUUGAAUAUAUUAUACAGGAAGGUAUACUGGGGGCUGUUUUAAAGUGAUAACAUAUUAAUUCAAUACGAUAAUGUGUUAUCAAACUCGUAUAAUACACAAUGCUCUCGUCCUCUCUGUACGAACUUUGUAUGAUAACCCCCUCAUUUGAAUUUUAUACACUUAUUGUUAAUUAAUUUGCUUUUAUAGAUGUAUAGAUUGUUUAGUGUUCCUGUUUUUAGAAUCUUGCUUAAAUAAAUCAAGGACAUUUUGACAGGAAUGAUGAUAGAAUAAUUUAUUGAAGAGAAUUGGGAAAUUAUUGUUUCCAAAUGAGAGAGAGAGAGAGAGAUUAGAAUGGGGAUGACUCAUGCUCUAGAGAUUGUAUGGUAAAAUAUUACUUGCAAUAAGAAACCACUAGAUAAAUUUAGUUUUCAGAGGAUUGGAAAUUUUGAAUGUAUAUAUGAAAAUAAUGUGUUUGCCAGCAGGCAGAACUGUGAGGAUUUAAAGAUCUUUCUUGAACUGGCAGCACUCUUUAAAACUCUUUAACAAAUUUUUUUUUGUCCAUUGCAUAUGAGGGGUAGCUAUUUAUUGCAAGUGCGCUCUAUGAGAACAAUAUGCCGCCCGUGAAAUGAAAUAUUUUUCUGUGGUAUAGAGCACAUUGUGUGGGGAUUGUCAAUCUCGGUGUAAGUCCUGUCAUUUUGACUAACAAAAGCCCCUGGUCAGCUCAAGCACUCAAGUGCCCACAUUGGAAAGUUGGGUUGGUUUUUUGUUGUGUUUUUUUUGUUGUCUUGGGCAUCAUUGUAAAUUUCUAUCUCUCAUUCUCAGUUUAUUUUUUAUUUAUUUAGUUUUUUUGUUGUUUUUUUGGUGGAUUCAUAGGCUUACAGUCAAAGCCCAUCUGUGUAAAAUCAGAUAUUUUCACCUGCAGCUACUGUGUAUUUAAUCACCAAUAGUUGUAUGCUACAGACCUAGUAACCCAUUUGCAUUUUAAGGGCUUAUUGUAUUUUUCUACGAUAAUUUUGCCUGAUAGAAGUUUUAAGUUCCUUUAAUAUCAAUUAUUCAUGAGACAAGUGUACCAUAUCCUGGUUUUGACAGGGUUUUUUAAAAUGUAAAAAUUCUAUCACUUAUGACACCAUAGCAAUGACAAGUUCUCCUUUAGAUAUACAGGUUUCAGGGAAAAUUUAGAUGCUAAAAUUCUGGGAAGGUUAAGUGUGCACUGCCGAUAGUGUACUGAGAUAUUGAGCGUGAGGUUGACUCGUUAGUCAGUAAUUAAAAGUACUGAGUUUACCACCCUAUUGUGUCAGUACCAUUGAGUUAUUGAUUAGUCCAGCACUAUUAAGAGAGACUGGGGGGACUAUUGAUUCAUUGCCAGGCCCCGAGUCUCACACACACACGUGGGUUGAUUGCACAUGAGGAAUCCAUUCUCUAGACCAGGUACAUUUAAACGUGAGGAACCUGGUGUGUGUGUGUGUGUUGUCGCCAACAGAGUUCCUGUUCCUGUGUAAACUGUGCUGGUGUGUUGUUCAUAAUAUUUUUUCCCCCUGAGUCAGACAUGAUGGAUUGAUAUCAGCUAUGGCAAUUCCUCUCUCUCAUGGAGUCUAUAUUAUAGAUUUCCAGAAUAGUUGUAGCCAACCAAUGCAGAAUCCUGCACAGCUUUGUUCAGGACUACUGGGUGAAGACUCGAGUAGAAAGAGCGAGAGCCCAAGCCGCAAGAGACGGAAGACAUCCAACAGUUACAUAGAUCUGACAAAUCAUUCUCCCAGCCCCCCUCCAACCUGGUCCCGGGAGAGCACAGAGGCUGCCAGGCUAGGAGUCAGUCGUAGACGAGUGUCCAGUCAGCGACGCGUAUCCGGCGACGGCAGGCGGUCGGUGUCAGAGAGGAGUAACACUCCCCGAGCUCGACGCAGUCCGGGCACACGGCGGCGAACCCGAGACAGAAGUGUGGCCCCACAGAAUGAGAACCUCCCUGAACCGCGAGCCUUCCAGCCUCCACAUCUGAUGAAUCCUAGACAGAUCCACUCCCUCCACCCCCACCUCCAUGGGGGCCCACAGCAAGUGCUGUUUGACAUGGAACAGGUUCCUGUCAGCACACCUGUCUCCAUGACGCCAUAUGCAAUCCCAGUGUGCACUGGGCCACAUCUCCCAGUGUGUACCGGGGCCCAUCAUCCUAUAUGCAGCACUGCGCCCACAUGGUCAGUCCCGGGAUGCAGCGUGCAGCUGCCAUCUUGCAACAUGCAGCAUAUCCCAGCGUGCAGCCUGCCACAGAUUCCGUUUCAUCCGAGCUCCAUCCCACCCUUGUUUCAUCAUCACCCAGCCGCCAAUCAUAUACCUCCACAGAACCUAGCUCCACACACUCAUUUCAAUUCAAGUGCUAGAGGGCACACAGAGGAAGAAAUUUCUGGUCUCAUUGAUCACCGAUCCCGGUUCCCCCUGCAUCAUCCAGGGACAUUACACCCACAUGGUGCCACACCCUUCACCGCCUCUCCACCAGUCAUGCUGCAGGAGCCUCACGUUCACCCCACACCUCAUGAUAUUUACGGUCCAUUUCAUCGUCACUUUGCUCGUCAGCGUGCUGGCGGAAGAAAUGGUCGUCUCCGUUCACUUCCUCUUCCCCCACCACCUUACCCAGGAUUCUUGCUACACUUCCUGGCUAUGUUGGGUAAUCCACCAAUGCCAUAUGGCAGAGACUUCCAUGAGGACGCAACAGAGGUGGAGAAUUAUGAGGCAUUGCUGAACUUGGCCGAGAGGUUAGGGGAGGCUAAACCGAAGGGUCUGACCAAACAUGAGAUUGAGCAGCUCCCAGCGUACCGGUUUAACAAGGAGAAUCACCACUCCGAUAUGGACCAAACCUCCUGUGUGGUGUGCAUGUGUGAUUUUGAAAAUAGACAAUUAUUACGGGUCCUGCCAUGCAGCCACGAAUUCCAUGCCAAGUGUGUCGACAAGUGGUUAAAGACAAACAGAACAUGUCCAAUAUGUCGAGCUGAUGCUACGGAGGCUGCCAGCCAGUCAGACUGAGAAAUCAAAGUUCAAGCACAAAAAAGUGUCAAUCUUAUUUAUUGUGUGGUCAAAUUGGUUCUCGUUAUUGAAAAAGAUGUAAGCAGACACAGAAUAUAAUUACAAAUUGGUGCAUAUACAAUGUAAUAUUGUUAUUUUUUAAUGUUUAUCUUUUAUCCUGUUUUACUAGUAAUAGUGCUUUGAUUAUAUUGAGCAAAUAGCAUAUUAUCACCCAAGUACAUCCAUACAACGCCUCGGUUAUAUCCUGUAGUAGAAAAUGUAUUCAUCGGUUUUUGUUUUUUUUCGUUGGGGAUGAAAGGAUUUUUUUUUUUUGCAUACAGAGUCUAUAUGUAGUUGUUUCAGGGAUUUUUUUUUUUGUGUAAUAUUUUGUAAAGCCAGUAUGUAUAAACAAUAUGUUCUAAUUAUAUCCAUACUGCACUUCCAUGCAUUGCCUCCCUUUGAAUAUUUCUGUAUUGCCCUUUCAUGUACCACCCCUGUUGGUCACCAUAUCCAUAUGAAAGAUAUUUUUUGGCCAGUAUGAUGUUUGGGAGCAGCAAUUUAUCAAGACUGUGGUGUUUUUUUUUACUCGAGACAUUAUCCCUGUAUGGCUAAAAACCUUUACAAUCCAAACUGUGAACAGAAAACCUCCACAAAAAUAUAGCAAUACAGGAAUACAGCUAAUAUUCUUUUGAUAAAUUGCUGCUUAUAACGACAUAAUUUUCAUUUCUUAUCUUAGGGUUAUCAACUGGGGGGGGGGGGGGGGGGGGGGGUAAUUGGGUAUGAUAAAUUCUGUUUAUUGCAAAAACAUUGUGUUUUAUCUCUUCAUCAUAUGAAAGCAGUAUGAUAAAUAGAAGCAGACAAACUGAUUUGAUAGGACAAUCAUCUGUAUUGGAAGGUUGGAGAAUAUUGUGGUUGUAGUGCCUUCUUGUAAACAGUGCUGUCGGCUCAAGACCUGAGGUGUGUUUGUGUAUGUUUUGUUUGGGUGGGGUUUCCUUUGAUAGUGCUAUUGUUAGUGAGUCCUGUACACACACUAAAUGUUGUCAUCUUGUUUACCAAAAAAAAUAUAUAUAUACAAAUUUUACUCUCAGUUUUCUUUUAUUGUAAAAAAGAAAGUAUACUUUAAGAUUUUGUUGAUAUUUGUUACUUGUAAUAAAUUUAUUAUUAUUCAAAAUGUAUAUUUAUUCUGUAUUAGGCCAAUUCAAUUUACAGUGAGUAAAUUUCAGUAUUAAAGAGUGUUUGGGUACAUGUAAAUGAAUACAAAUUUAUUGCGGAGAUCCAACCACAAAAGAAGAAGUUGAGUUGGCCUUUAUUCACAUUGAUAUAAUUAUUCCACACUUGUUUUGAUGCUUUGUUUAGUCAUUUUAUGUACUGCUUUGCAGUAUGAAGGAGUUUGUUACAUAAUAAGAAUAGCUUGUGACUGUGUGGUUAAUAUGUCCCGAGGCUCUUGGAUUCAACUAGUGAUCCACAGGAAAAUCUCAGCAGUUUGAAUAUUUUCAUUUCAUUUUGAUCCAUGGCUGAACACCAGAAAUUUUCAGAAUUUGAUUAUGUUAAUACUUGAAGCACUCGUUUUAAAGCUAACGCAAUAUUUUUCCUCUAGACCGCAUCUAAAAGAACUUGUUUCUAAGGCCAAGAUUUGUACUCGAUCCUAUUCUUGUUGAAUUGAAAGACUUUACAAAAAAUUGAUUGUGUAUGGAUUUUUGGUAUUGGUUUUCUAUUUCAUACAGAAAUGACAACGAAAGUUAGAAACAGAAUAAAGUAAUGAAUUAUCACAGUUUUUAGUCCUGUAGUGAAACGGGACCAAGAUGCACUAAAAGAGAGAAUUUGAUUUAGUUUGCAUAAUUUGUAUUUUUUUAUUGUUUUGAAAUUGAUUGGAAUGUCUUGUCUCAACAAUUUUUCUCCCAUUCUUGGGGAAGUUUAACUGCAAUAAGAGAAUCUAAAGCCGUUUAGCUUUUAGAAUUUUACUACUGAUAGAACUUAAGACAGAACAUCGUAAUUGUUCAGAUGACUAGUGGCAGUGAUGGCCAUUGAACCUAUGCACAGUAAAGGGUCGAAUUUCAAGAAAUUUUGGUGGUUCCUGAAGUAAUUGAUUUUUUUUUUUUUUAUUAUUUCAUGUUUAUUUCUUAAUUGAUCUGAAAUUUACAUGAUUUUGAUGUGAUGUCUGAAGAUUGAAAAUUUUCAGUAAAUUUUGUUACUGAAUAAAAUCCACUGAGUAUAAAAUGUGUAAUAUCUCUACAAAUGAAAAAAAAAAAAAAAGCAACAAUCAAAUUUUGAGUAUUUAGUUAGUUUUUGGGGGGGGUUUUUUCUUCUUCUUUUUGUAAAGUUUUUGGUCCUUAUUUUGGGUCAUUGUAGCUACGGUAACACCUUAAGGUGAACUGUCAGAAUUUAAAAGUGCCUUGACAUUGAGAUCCACCUGUAACGUAUCCCUUGAUCUGUUCAGAAACUGUGUUUUGAGAGUAAACUUUGAUAAAUUGCCAAACAGUUCUACCUCUUUUUAGAUUUGUAUGAUGGUCGUGUGAUGAUGCAAUCAUGCCUCCUUCCUUCCAUUUUUAUUUGCUUUCCUUUUUCAGUGCAGCAUAUGUAAUGUGCUUUAUCAUGUCAUUAUUGAAAGUUCUUAGCUCCUGAUAUUUCUGGGCACAUACAUGUGUAAUAAAAUGGUGGUUAUGUUUCAUAGACAUGUCAUAUUAAUUUGUACUUUUCAUAUUUGUUCUUUUUCAUGCAGUGCAAGUCAAUCAAAACACAUGUAACCUACUAUACUCUCGUAACUAUAGCGACUGCACUGUUCGAAGCUGUAAAGCACAAUAAAAAAUUCGAAAAUACGA